AUGUGCCAUGAGCUCUUAUUAUUCUAUUCUAACUUUCUGCGUCCAUUCUUGCAGUCGCUCUACAUCGUCAUUACUAGGCUGCUUGCCGGUGAUUCUGUUGCUGAGGAGUCCAAGACAGUCAAACAAUGGUGUCAGAGCUGCAUCAUCAAUCCGACACUCCUACCAUUCCCUCUUCUUUUGGAAGCAGUAAAUUCGGAUUCAUUUCGCAAUUGUAUUCGAUUACUGCGCUAUAAGGAUAUACUCUCAAGUGACUCCACUCAUCUGGAAGUGACGAAGAGCGAAGAGAUUCGUGAAAGAAUCUUACGGUUUCUUGCUAUACAAUAG